CUACGGUUCAAAUGACACAUACUCUUUCCUAGCGAAAUUGAAUCAGGAUGGUCAGAAUAAAAAAUGCACAGCUGAGAUUUCGAUUUUGUUCCACUGAAAUAGAAAACUUAUCCUAAGAUUAUAAGUCAUAUUUACACCCCAUUUUUCCCUCUUAACUUCUCCCUCUCAUUCAUAAUCUCCAUAGAACAUAAUCAACGUACGACAAAUCAGAAAAAUCACCUUCAAAAUCGCCAUUCUCGAUCUCUUUUCUUUUGAGGAACCUUUUUUUUUUCCACUUUCUACAAUUCAGUUCCAGCAUUUCUUUGGGAGUAUGAAAUGAUUGAUAGAUUCUACAUCCCAAAAGCACUCUUAAAGCAGGAGAUGAAUGGAAUCAUUUUAACCAGAGAUUGACAGAAAGAUAGAGAGAAUGUUGAGGAGAAAGCCGAGCAAAAUAGAAGUGAAGGUAGAAGACGAAGAACUUCAACAACUCCAACACCAAAAUCGAUUCAUUACUUCUUCCUCAUCCAAUCCUACCACUUCUACUACUCUUCUUCAACAUUUUGAUACUUCUACCUCCAAAUCUCAACGCGUUGGUCUUUCAUCCUCUUAAUUCCCCUCCUUUUUCUUCAUUUCCCAAUUCAUUACAAGUAUCUUCAAUCUUUUCUAUGAAUCCCCGAUUUCCCAUAACAAAGCUUCAAUCUUUUCUUUAAAACCUCAAUUUCUCAUAUAAAGCUCUCAUCAUUUCAAUUAAUCUCAGUUUCCCCAUAAAUAGCUUCAUUCUUUUCUAAAAUUCUCCAAUCUCCCAUUAUCCGUUAUUGUUCUAUCUGCCUAAUCCUAAUUCCCCUCUCUGUUCCAAAUUUCAAUUUAAUCCUUAUUCAGUAUAUGAGUAGUAUAGUAAUACUUCAAUCUACAUAUAUUAGUUUUUUUUUUUACUGUGAAGUAUGAAGGUGUGUACAACACUCUACUCUACUUGUCAUCACUUUUAUAAGAGUAAUUUAUUACAAAUCUCUGAAAAACAAGAAUUCUUAUCACAAAAUGGAUUGAGAAAUUACUGUAUAUUUCAUAGUAGAAAACCCAUGAUUGUAAUUAAUCCUGUAGUUACUGUUAGAGCUUCUUCUUCUUCUCCUUCUCCUUCACUUGGUGCCUCUUCUGAUUAUUCAGGUGCACAAUUAAAAAAGAAGCAAAGCAGCGUAGCUGGAAUAGACCAGGAUGACUUAUUGGACCCGAGACAUUUAGCUGAUCCCGACAGCUAUUUCUGUGAGUUCAAAGGUGUGCACAUACAUUAUAAAGUAUGUGAAGCAGAAUCAUCCAUGUCGAAAGAACAAGAAGUUUCUAAACAUGAUGCUCUUAGUAGGAGAACUGGUUUCCCAAUGAUUUUUCUUCAUGGCUUUGGUGCCUCUACUUUCUCUUGGCAUCGAGUCAUGAAGCCCUUUGCACAAAUAACUGGUUCGAAGGUUCUAGCAUUUGAUAGACCAGCAUUUGGGUUGACAUCAAGAGUUCAUCAUUCAGUAUCUUCUGAUUCUAAAGAUGACACAAAGCCUCUUAACCCCUAUUCUAUUGCAUUUUCUGUGUUGGCAACAUUGUACUUCAUCGACUUCCUCAAAUCAGAGAAGGCAGUACUUGUAGGGCAUUCAGCAGGUUCUGUUACUGCAGUGGAGACAUACUUUGAGGCUCCGAACCGUGUGGCAGCUUUGAUUCUUGUAGCUCCAGCCAUAAUAGCUCCGCUUUCAGCCCCCAAGUCUGAGAAUAAAAAAAACUUGCCCCAAGAAAAUCAAGUCCAAGAAAGCAACUGUGCUUCAGACCGUCAUCCAAAUAUAUUGGUAAGGCUUGGACAAGUUCUGUCAAAUCUUUUCAGAUACAUUGCGGACAUAGUGAUGAAAAUAUGGAAAGGGAUGAUGAAUGUAGUUAGCUUUCUGUACAAUAGAGCUAUAGUUGCAAUCUUGCGCUCAACUGUGGCUGUAAUGCUGGUCAGGAUGAUUAUUGACAAGUUUGGCGUUGCUGCCGUUAAAAAUGCAUGGUAUGAUGCAAGUCAAGUUACAGACCAUAUUCUACAAGGUUACACAAAGCCGCUGAGAACCAAAAAUUGGGAUAGGGCUCUUUUGGAAUAUACUGUGGCUAUGCUGACAGGUUCUGAAGCAAAACUAAAGCCACCAUUGGAGAAAAGACUCCAAAAAAUCACAUGUCCAGUACUGAUUAUUACGGGCGAUAGUGACCGGCUUGUCCCAUCUUGGAAUUCUGAAAGGCUUUCACGAGCAAUACCUGGAUCACAACUUGAGACUAUCAAGAACUGUGGUCAUCUGCCUCACGAAGAAAAGCCAGAUGAGUUUAUUUCUGUUGUUGCAAACUUUUUGCAUAGGGUUUUAUCCGGUUCUGAAGAACUAUGUAUGCGGGCAUAAGUAUUUAAGCAACAUUCGACAUAUUCUGUAAACUAUUCUUUAACAUGCGAGCUCCCCCUCUGAACAGCCGAUGUUUAUGUAUAUCAACAUGAAUGUAUACAUGUAUAUGACUAAAGUUAAUUCGACCACUUCCUAGAAAGACGUUUUAUUGCGCUGCUCUAGCAAAGUA